AUGCCUUCAGGUCAUAAUGAUAAAAACGCAAAUCAAGAGUCCGUGGAAGAGGCUGUCUUGAAAUAUGUCGGUGUAGGUCUAGAUCACCAAAACCAUGACCCUCAAUUGCAUACGAAGGAUCUGGAAAACAAACACUCUAAAAAGCAGAAUAAUGUCGAAAGUAGUAGUGAUGUUGAUGUUAAUAAUAAUGAUGACAGUAAUAGGAAUGAGGAUAAUAACGAUGAUUCCGAGAAUAUUAGCGCACUGAACGCGAAUGAAUCAUCUCCGAACGUAGAUAAUGCCAACUCCAAUGAACAACAUAAUGCAGUCAUGGACUGGUAUUUAAGGCAAACGGCGCAUCACCAACAAGACGAUGAAGAUGAGGAAAACAAUAAUAACAAUGACAAUGGCAAUGACAGUAAUCACUUUUCUCAAUCUGACAUAGUCGUGGAUGACGACGACGACAAGAAUAAGAAAGAUGCGAGUGUUGGCGUGGACGAUGAUCACCAAUCUAUGGCUAUGGCUGCCGUUGCUGCUGCUUACACUCUAUCGAAAAAUAACAACAACAAUAACGAUAGCACCAACCCGCACAAAAGACAGCAUGAUAAUGAAAAUGGUCAUGAUAAUUCACAGAAAAAGCAGAAAAACAAUAACGAUGAUGAUGAUAGGCAAAUUGGAAACGUGGAUCCGGAAUUAACCACUUUGGGUGAUGCGGAUGACAACGAUACCAAUAAUGACGUGAUUGAUCGUGACCAACUGGUCCACAAGGCUAUAAUCGAUGCAGAUUCGAUUACUCAACAUCCUGAUUUCCAGCAAUAUUUGAAUACUGCGGCUGAUACUGACGAUAACGAAAAAUUGAAACAUAUUAAAGACCACUUAAUGCGUACCCAUGGUUUGAAUCAGCAGAACAAGAAUGACAACGACGAUACUGAUGAUUUAUCAAAUAGUACCAAGCAAUACUCUGAGCUACAAAAAGACUCCAUGCUAGAUAAUUCCCUCAACAAAUCCAGAAAUUAUAUGGAGGUCUUGCCUAAAGUUAUCUCUCAAGAUACUCAACAGCAUCAACAAAAAUCUCCUUCUCAUGAUAAUGAAGCUGGUAAUGUAGAUAAUUCAGAAAUAUCGCAGCUACUUCAAUCAGCCGCCACAAAGGCAUCGUCUUUAGUAUCUUUAUCCUCAUCUUCAGCAACGCCAUCGACUUCAAGGUCUAACAAUAGCAAAGCCUUUGAUAAAGCCGAAGAUGCCGCUUUAGAAAGGUUUAUCAAUGAGUAUGAGGCCAUUGAACGUUUGACUAGACAACAAGUUUGUGAAAGGAUAUGGAGUUCUGACAGGCCAAAGGACAACUUUUGGAAUAAUAUUUACAAAGUAUUACCUUAUAGAUCUAGCUCCUCCAUCUAUAAACAUAUGAGAAGAAAAUAUCACAUUUUCGAACAGCGUGGUAAAUGGACCGCGGAGGAGGAGCAAGAGCUAGCUAAAUUAUGUGCGGAAAAAGAAGGCCAGUGGGCGGAAAUAGGUAAAACUUUGGGAAGAAUGCCCGAAGAUUGUAGAGAUCGUUGGAGAAACUACGUAAAAUGUGGUACCAAUAGAGCAUCAAAUAGGUGGUCUGUUGAAGAAGAAGAACUUUUGAAAAAGGUCAUCGGCGAUAUGUUGGAAGAAGCCCAGCAACAACAGUCUCAAUUGCAUCCAAACUUAUUGGAAGAAGAACAGCACUUACUACAAGAUGACCAGAAUGAUCAUCGUAAUGACGAUGAAGACGACGAUGAUACAGCUUCUGCUGCUGCUGCUGCUGCCGCUGCUAUUCAAGAACAACAACAACUUCUUCAACAAAAGCAACAAGACGAUGACGAUGCUAUUGCCGCCGCUGCUGCCGCCGCUGCUUCUUCAUCUCUUGGAGACAAUAACAAAGACGAAGACAAGCCACACGAUUCAUUAGGUAUUCAGCUGGAUGACAAUUCUCAAAAUUCGAUAGUACCUGCCCCAUCAGCAACAAGCACACAUUCUAAAAGUUUGUCAAAUACAAUAAGACGUCACAAUAAUAAAUUAAGGAAAUCUCUGAUGGGUAAUGGUAAACUAGAUUUCAAAGACAUCAUCAAUUGGACCAUUGUUAGUGAGCGCAUGGGUGGUACAAGAUCACGUAUUCAAUGUCGUUAUAAAUGGAACAAAUUAGUUAAAAGGGAAGCUAUUGCCAAAAUUCAAACUGUAAAAGACGAUGACAUGUUAUGGAUUUUUGAAAAAUUAAGAGAUUUAGGUAUAACGGAGGAUUCUCAAGUGGAUUGGGAUGAACUAGCAGCUUUGAAGCCUGGCAUGAAAUUAAAUGGGUUGGAACUGAAAUUGUGCUAUGAGAGAAUGAAGAAAAAGGUUAAAGGCUACAAACAAAAAUCAAUCAAUGAAAUUAGUAAAGAGCUAGUUGAUUAUUUUAGCUCCAAUAUUUCAAUGAAAACAGAAAAUUAG